AUGACGCCCAGUUCCCCAGAUGAGGCUCUCCACUUUCGAGGCAAGACCCUAACUCCUGAGAGCCCUCGUCCGCUACACGUCGCGGAACCCACCAGUAUCCCGGUGCUGCAGAAUCAAAUGGACCCCAUCUUCAACGAUACCUCUACUUAUGAGCAGUCCCCUCGUGACUCUUUCGCCCCAGGCAAUUGGAAUUCCCAGGCGCAACAGAAUCAUUUUCCUCAGUCGCAAGGUCAUCAUGCGGGGUUGGGAAGCGUGACGACCCAGGAUCGGGACUAUGAGACGGGGAUGGGUGGAGGACGGCAGCAGCCACAACAACAACAACAACAACAACAGCAACACCAGGCAAAGCAAGCACCGCAGCACCCACAGGACCAAGGUAGUUCCCACAUUGGCUCUUUUUUCACGGCAGAUGGAUCGGCGACCUGGAGUUAUGAUCGAACGUCGCUCCCAUCCAGUCAGCCUGCAGUUUCUAUGGAAUCCCAGAACCCUUCAGCAGCACCAGCGGAAUCUUCUCUAACUACAUAUCCUCCGUCAGAUUAUGCCGCCUCCCAACUAGCGUAUCCCUCCCCCGAUGUCCCUCCCUCUUCCUCUUCCCAUAUUACCCACGGCGUUUCCCAUGCGAACGCGGUAGACCCCGCAGUCACCACCAGCUGGGCAACCCCGUCAGCGCCCGGUCGCCUAGAUACUCAAGACUCCCUCCGUGACGCCCGUGGGGAGGACGGGGUGGACUUCCAGAACCUCCUUGAUAAUCUUCCACCCUCGUCGGCUGCCCCUUUUGCCCCUGCGGUCUCGGAGACGGCCCCCAUGUCUGCCCACGAUGCUGAGGAUCCCACUCAAUCUGCCCUCGGCCUCCCCCCUCGUCCCCCUCCCCAAGACAAGCCUUCCAUCCACCCCAAUUACCAUCCCGGCGACGAUAUUCGCUCCUAUCAUCAAUUCCAGCCGCCGUCGUCUAAUGUGCAGCCCACCCAAUCCACCCAGCAGAGUAAUCAUCCCCCAUCCAAUGCAGGGCUGCCCGGGGCGGCGGCGACGGGAGCCCCCGGGACGAGCGCGGCCGCUAGUAACUUGCCGCCUCCCCCCGCGCCCAGUUUCCAGCAGUCGUUGCCGACCGAGGGCCAAACGCCCCGAUCCCCUAAUCAUAAGAAUAAUCGCGAGGAUAGACAAGCGAACCGUCAGUCCAGGGUGUCCAGUGAUGAUGCCCCCUGGGGUCCGGAGGUCCAGAAGAAAUAUGACGAGUUUCUGCACAAUGAGCGGAUCUAUGUGACGGAGGGUCUUUGGGACCGUUUUCCACACGGGUCGAGGUUGUUUGUUGGCAAUCUUCCCACGGAGAGGGUCACCAAGCGUGACCUAUUCCAUAUCUUCCACAAGUAUGGCAAGUUGGCCCAGAUCUCCAUCAAACAGGCGUACGGCUUCAUUCAAUUCCUCGAGUCCGGCUCCUGUAAGCAGGCUUUGGAUGUGGAGCAGGGCGCCGUUGUGAGGGGGCGCAAAGUCCAUCUCGAAAUCUCAAAGCCUCAGCGAAACACCCGGCCCGGUCCCGCCCCGGCUGAGCCCUCCCGGGCGCCUCCGCCGCGGCGAUCGAGGUCUCCGGAAUACACUCGCGGUGGCUCCGGCAGCCGCAAUCCCCGAGGCAGCGGAGACCGGUACGAGCGGGCGUACGAGUCUACUCGCUUGCCAUUCAGCGACUUUCGAGACGAGCCGACCCACCGCAGACGUGAUGACUAUCGACCUCCCCCGCGAUCGCCGUCGCCACGGCCGUUCCGCGGACGGGAUGGAUACCGAUCCCGAGACCGGACUCCGGAGCGCUAUGAUCGACGGGACAGGCGGCGCUCACGAUCGCCGUAUGCGAGAGACCGGAGGUUUCGGAGUCCCAGCCCGCGGGGCCGUGGUCCGUACGAGGGCGAUUACGAGCUGCCCGUCCCCAGGCGAGCUCCUCGUGACGUUCCGGAGGUGCAGAUUCUGGUCUUGGAGGAUGUUGAUCGCAAUUUCAUCUUUUUCGUGGAGAACGCCUUUCGCAAUCGGGGUCUUCGGGUAGAUGUCCUGGCCCUCGGACCCCGGAUCCCGCUGAACGCGGCCGUCCAGCGUCAGAUCAGCGAGGGUGUGCUGGCAGUGGUCCGACUGGCACGGCCGAACCAAUUCUCGAGGAAGAUCCCGCUGCAGGUGUUUGAUCGCAGUGCGGGGGUGGAUAAUGUGCGGUUCAACGAGUACCCGGAUGUUGAGCCCAGCAUCGCCGCCGAGAUCGUCUUUCACGCUCAAUCGCUCCACCGCAGCGCGCCUCCGACCCCCUUCCCCCCUCCACCUCCAGCCUUUGGGGUCCCUCCCAUGGCGCCGGCUCCGAUCCCAUCGACUCUAGUGCCGCCGGUGUCGAUGCCUCCGGCGUCGAUGCCAGCCCUCAAUAACCCAGCCAAUGUGGCGAACCUCAUCACGUCGCUGGAUGGCCCGACCUUGCAGUCUUUGUUGAGUACUUUGCAAUCGCGGCCGCCGGCCGCCCCCGCCGCACAACCCCCCUUUACCGCGGCGCCCAAUGUUGGGGGCCCUUCCGGGGUGGACCUCGCCAACAUCCUCACUGCUGCCACCCGCCAGCCUCUUCCCGCCAACCCCCAGCAGGCAGUACCCCCGCAGCCCUUUCCACUGCCCCCGCGCAAUGUCCCGGCGGUGUCGGACCCAAAUCUGUUGGCGCUUCUUGCCAAGGGCUUGGGCGGACAGCCGCCACAAAACCAGGCCCCGGUUGGUCCUCAUGUACAGCAUCUGAUGAACCAGCUGGGCAAAUGGAAGCAAUGA